AUGGCUUCGACCUCUAGUGCUAAUAGUUCAUCUAAAAGAAUGGAUACAACAAGUUUUGGUUCAAAUAACUCAAUUCCUAGAAAUAAAUCAAAAUGCAUUGAUCAGGAAGAUAUUACUAAUUCAUAUUCUCAACUGACUUCAAAAAAAAAACAAAAAAAUAUUGAUAUAAGAAAAAUUCUAAGGAUAAUCUCUAAUGAAUUUAAGAUAUAUGAUUCUACAUUAAGUAUGAUUGAGAUAAGUGAGUAUAAAACCACUAGUAACAUUGUUAGUACAAUUGAACCUGUAUUGGAAGAAUUUGGCAUUAGUAGAAGUAAACUAGUAAGUAUUAUGACAGAUAACAGUUCGAAUGUUAAGGCAGCUGUUAUACAACUUUCAACUAAAAUUUCACCACCCAAGCCUAAUUCCACAUAUAUAGCACUAAAAAGACUUACAAAACUUGAAAGAUCAAUUAGAUGGUUAGUUAAUGAUCUUGAAAAUUCUACAAAUAUUGAACAUCAGCAUGAUAAUAGUAAUAUUUGA